ACACACGCCGGUCAGCUGAUCUUCCGCGUCAUCACGUGUCUAUAGCGACAGCACUGUUUACUUAUUCCUCACCGACUCGCAUCUGUGUCUGUCUGGAGAUGAUAUUAAUCACCGAUACGACGUUAAUAACGAUCUUCUGAAGCGGCGGUGAUGUCGGAGAAGCGGCGCGCGGGUGUGCUGGUGUCCGGCUCGAGCUCCAGCAGCGGAUGUGAGGCGGAUCAGGAGUUCGUGUCGCGGUCCGGGGUGAGCGCGCUGCUGGCCGGGGCGCUGCUCCGUCUGCUGGACUGCCGCUCCGGGGACCCGCUCGGGUUCCUGGCCGAACAUUUCGCGCAUCUGUCGGCGGAGGCGGAGGAGGGAGGUGCCGAGCAGCGGAGCUUGAGCAGAGCACUGUGGAUGCUGAGUCUGCAGCAUCACUCGCAGAGAUCUGCGUUCAACAGCAGCGUGCGGGUGUCGUAUGAUCUGCUGUCUCAGUGCGGUGCGGGUGUUGGUGGCGUGGGCGGGCGGCUCUACACGGAGACGCUGCAGAGUCUGUGCAGUGAAGGCGGUCUGUCGGCCUCCACUUCCGCUCCGCUGCUGCGCCGCUUACAGUGCCGUGAACACGAGACCGUGCCCUUCGAGCUGUACCGGCAGGCCGUGCUCACCUGCUCCGUGUUCGCAGACUACAUCCGCAAGUCCCAGUGUCUGUACGCAGCGGUGGCGAGCGCUCCAGACCGGCCGGCCCAGAGGACACUGUGCUGCGCGGUGCUGGAGACCUUGAAGGAGGCGCUGGAGACCGCAGACGGGCCCGACACCGCACGAUACCUGGAGGCUAGUGCUAAGAUCUCUCCGGCUAAAGUAGCACAGGCGAUGGCAGAGGCUCAUUCGCAGACGCGAGACGGAGAAACAAUGGAUGCGCAGGAGUUUGAGGAUGCGGCCGCGGCGCUCUUCAUCGCACGGGUUCGAACCGUCACAUGACCUGCUGUCUGAGACCUGGAGAUCCUCAGAUUGAGAGUUUGCCAUGCUUACUAUUAAUUUAACUCGUAACAUUACAGUGCACAGAUCAAAGAUGAACAAAAGAGUGUUUAAAGCUUCAAGUCAAUCAAUAAAAAGAGUACACAUGAAAUCAAAACUAA